UGAACAAGGACUCUCUCUAGCAUACUUCAGCACUUGACCUUUGGUUUAUGAUUACCCAGGAGCCAGCCAAUGAGGUGCCAGGCUGAGGCUGUUCCCUAGUGCACAGGCAUAUUUUCUGUGGAUGCCAUUUGGAGGCUGAGGCUUUCUUGAACACUUUCAGCUCUAUGGUACCAGGACUCAAGGAAGGUGAGAAGAAAGGUCUAGCUGUCCCCUGUGAUUGCUGAUAUCUGAGACUCCCAAGUCUCCCCAUGGCUCCUUAUCAGAUCCGGCAGUACAAGGAGAGGGACCACAAAGCGGUUGUGGACAUGUUCUCCAGUGGCAUGAUGGAGCAUGCGCCUGCCACCUUCCGCUACAUGCUGCUGCUGCCCAAGACCCUCCUGCUUUUAUCUGCAGUGCCUCUGACUACAGUCCUGACGUCUGGCUCCUGGCUGCUGGCUGUUGUGUCCGUCUUCUUUCUGCUCCUACUCCUGCGGCUCCUUGCCAGACAGCCCUUCAAGGAGUAUGUGGCCCUGUGUUUGCAGACAGACAUGGCUGACAUCACCAAGUCUUACGUGAAUAGACAUGGCGCCUGCUUCUGGGUGGCUGAGUCUGGGGGGCAGGUGGUGGGCACAGUGGGUGGUCUUCCAGUCGAUGAUCCUCCAUUGGGGAGGAAGCAGCUGCAGCUCUUUCACCUGUCUGUGUCAUCACAGCACCGAGGACAGGGGAUAGCGAAGGCACUGGUCAGAACUGUCCUCCAGUUUGCUCGGGACCAGGGCUACACUGAUGUUGUCCUUGAGACCAGUAUCAUACAGCAAAGUGCUAUAACCCUCUACGAGGCUAUGGGAUUUCAAAGGACAGGAAAAUACUCAGAGGUCAGCAUUAUCAAAUGGUUAAUUACGUUUUCUGUAAUUCAUUUCACGUAUCCUUUCCCCUGUGCCCAGAAACAUGAACCAUGAUCUUAUUUCUUACCACGUAGGUCAGGUUCCAAUUACUGUACUGUAACAAAUAAUA